UGAAGAAAAAGAAAUAUGUGAAUUCAGGAACGGUGACCCUCCUCUCCUUCUCUGUGGAAUCAGAGUGCACAUUCCUGGACUUCAUCAAGGGAGGGACCCAAAUAAAUUUCACUGUGGCCAUUGAUUUCACCGCGUCUAAUGGUAACCCGUCCCAGUCCACCUCCCUCCACUACAUGAACCCGUACCAGAUGAAUGCCUAUGCCAUGGCCCUGAAGGCUGUAGGGGAGAUCAUCCAGGACUAUGACAGUGAUAAGAUGUUCCCUGCUCUGGGGUUCGGAGCCAAGCUGCCCCCUGAUGGACAGGUCUCACACGAGUUCCCUCUGAACGGUAACAUAGAGAACCCUUACUGUAAUGGAAUAGACGGCAUCCUGGAGGCCUACCACGAGAGUCUGAAGACUGUUCAGCUCUACGGACCAACCAACUUCGCCCCUGUAGUCAACCAUGUGGCCAGGUAUGCUGCAGCGGUUCAGGACGGGUCCCAGUACUUCAUCCUCCUCAUCAUUACAGAUGGAGUCAUAUCAGACAUGGCUCAGACCAAGGAGGCCAUCGUCAAUGUGAGUUUAGAGAGAGAGAGGGAGAGAGAGAGAGAGAGACUGAAGAGAAAGAGAAAGAAUGUGCGGACUCCGGCCGCAAAACCUGAAACCAAAUGA